UUCUGCAUCCGGUCCCACAGCGAGGAAAUAAAAUGUGUUUUGUUUCUCUGUUUGCAGUUAGCUGUAACUAAUGUGUGUUUCGUAAAGCUUGAGGACCUUGAAGUCUCAUCGGGCGCAUCUGUAUUGAUUACUCUUGUUAGCAAACAGCUUAGCUUUUAGCUGUGAGCACUUUCUCGUAAUUAUGGCUCCAACGAUUCAGACACAACAAGCUCAACGGGAGGACGGCCACAGUCGUUCAUCUUCUCACAGAUCUGUACCAGAGAAAUCAGGAAUUGUUUGUCGAGUGAAGUACUGCAACAGUUUGCCUGACAUCCCCUUUGAUCCCAAAUUCAUCACAUAUCCGUUUGACCAGCACAGGUUUGUACAAUACAAAGCCACGUCCCUGGAGAAGCAACACAAGCAUGAACUCCUGACUGAACCAGAUCUUGGAGUGACCAUUGACCUCAUCAACCCAGACACUUACCGCAUCGAUCCCAAUGUCUUUUUGGACCCUGCUGAUGAGAAACUGUUGGAAGAGGACAUCCAGGCUCCAUCCAGCUCUAAAAGAUCCCAGCAACAUGCCAAAGUAGUGCCAUGGAUGAGAAAAACAGAAUACAUUUCCACAGAGUUCAACAGAUACGGUGUAUCUAAUGAAAAAGUGGAAGUCAAGAUCGGAGUUUCAGUCAAACAGCAGUUUACAGAGGAAGAGAUCUACAAGGAUAGAGACAGUCAGAUUUCUGCUAUCGAGAAGACGUUUGAAGAUGCACAGAAAACUAUCACACAGCACUACAGCAAACCCAGAGUUACUCCUGUGGAGAUCUUGCCCGUGUUCCCUGACUUUAAGAUGUGGAUCAACCCGUGCGCUCAGGUCAUCUUUGACUCUGAUCCUGCACCUAAAGACUUUUCUGGUCCAGCAGGAGUGGAAAUGAUGUCUCAGGCCAUGAUCAGAGGAAUGAUGGAUGAGGAAGGAAAUCAGUUUGUGGCCUACUUCCUGCCCAAUGAAGAAACCCUCCGUAAGCGAAAGAGAGACUCCGAGGAGGGCGUGGAUUAUAUGGCAGAGGAUCUCUAUGAUUAUAAGAUUGCAAGAGAGUACAACUGGAAUGUCAAGAACAAAGCAAGCAAGGGUUAUGAGGAGAACUACUUCUUUAUCUUCAGAGAUGGAGACGGUGUUUAUUACAAUGAGCUGGAAACAAGGGUGCGUUUGAGCAAGAGGAGAGCCAAGGCAGGAGCACAGUCCACUACAAACGCUGUGCUGGUGUGUAAACACAGAGAUAUGAACGAGAAGGAACUGGAAGCCCAGGAGGCACGUAAGGCUCAGCUGGAGAACCAUGAGCCAGAAGAUGAGGAGGAAGACAUGGAUAUGGAGAAAGACAUGCAGGACUCUGGUGACGAGAAAGAAAAGGGCAGCGGCAGCGAAGCGGAGAACUCGGGCAGUGAAUCUGAGAGGGAAGACGAAGACCAGGAACGAAGCGGAGAGGAGGACGAGGAAGACGAGGACCGAGGGAAAAGGCGCAGGAAGGCGAGUGGCAGCGGCAGCGACAGCGGCGAGGAGAGGACCAGAGAAAUGCGAGACGAGGAGGAGAUCUUCGGCAGCGACGACGACAGCGACGACAACGAGCCCAAGAACUCGGCCAGGAGCAGCGGGGAGGAGGGCAGCGGCAGCGAAGACGAAGAGGAGAACAGGAGGGGCAGCCGGAGUCGCAGCGCCUCCCCGGCACACAGCGACCACAGCAGCGACCACUCAGAGGCCCAAGCUCAGAGCGCAAGUGAGCGAGGGUCCGACUCCAGUGAUGCCAGUGACAGUGAAUAAUAUCUGCAGCCUGUUCAGCACAAUGAGGACCACCUGUCGUCAUCUGUCUGUCCGGCUGUUGGACACUGUCCUGAAACACAGUGGGUUAGUCUGGGGCUGCAGCUUCUGGACUUCAAAAAUAAUCAUUUGGACUUUGAGACAUCUCUUUUCAAUCCAGCUUUUUUUGUAGACUUAAAUCACACUAGUAGCUGUUUUUACACCAUUCCUUUGUGUUGUCUCAGUUCAAUAUCAUGUAAAAAUAUCUUUGUUCUUUUUGUUUUUGAAACUGAUAAAUAAAUUACAGGUCACAUUUUAGACAAA